CACCUCUACCGUAAAGUGCAGGUGUCUAGGUUAGAUUAGACGAGAUUUUCUUUCUUGGUGCAACGCAUUAUAAUACCGGUACAAAUAGAUGGCCGAAGGGAUAUCAUGCGGGCAGCUAACAGACGAAACCCCAAUGCCUUCAAUUUCAAGCCAUGUCAAAAGGCCAUUAUCUCUCUCACCAUGGUUGUGUGUUUCAUGAAGGGCCGAGGUGACUCCUCAUAAUUUCCGACGCUGUGUCCUGCCGUGGCCUCUGUGCGACCUUAGCUUGGGUUUGUCUGGAGCAAACGAGUUCAUCAGAGGAAUUCGUGGCACCCAAAGCAAUGACAGCAAUAUGAGCCAAACCGUUAUUGGUAUCACCUCAUACCAUUAUCUCGUGAUAGAGAGGUAGAAAUCCCGGUAUGUUGGUCGGUGACGGUCGCGUGGGUAAUGAGUCGUUUCACAUUCACUGUCUUGGGUGUGACGCUUGAGAGACUUUCACUAUCAUAUAUGCUGAGUGUAUAAAGGAGGCCAUUUCUAGAAAGCCACAUCUUUCUGAACUUCAUCUCUUACCUCUCGCCAAAAUCCGUUGUUGAGUUCCUCGUUCCCCGACGCUCGUUAUCCUCACUGCCACUCAUUAUCAGAAUGAUCUCUACCAAUAUUCUCGCCAUCGUCGGCCUGAUCGCAUCUUCGGUCCUGGCGAGCACACCUCAAGGUUAUGGCUAUGGAGGUAUGACCGACUCCAUCAUUGGCUCCUCGACGGAUUCCCCUGACAGCAUGCCAUCCUCCAUCAUGCCCAUCACGAUCACGGACUCGAUCACUGUCACCAAGCCUGUGACAAUCACUCACACCGUUACUGUCUCGCAGCCAGACUGCGGUAGUGACUACACGACCAUCUACAGCACAACCCGUACCACUCGAACUACUGACAACACUAUAUACAUCUCAAUUCAUCAAACGCCCAAGACCGCGACCCAGACACCCACCAGUGUCUCAGGAAUGGGUUCUACCUUCAUCACUGGUAGCAUCUCAACUCCAUCGACCACCGGGUUCAUCAUGAGCAACACCACGACGCCUUGCGAAUCCGACACUUCCACCAGUGAUGUUGAUGGUAUCACUGGCAGCCCAACAACUAGCUCCAUGAGCACCCUUACUCUCGCUAUCCCUCCUAGCCAGGAGACGACAAGCGAGGUGAUUUCAGGAGCCGCCCACAGCACGACCGGUAUCUUGGUGACGCGCACCUCGACCUCGACAAUUCCCUUCUCUACUAUUCCUACAUCGAUGGGUAUUCAUAGCGUGGCCGAUACUCAACUCCUCGCAGGCGCUAUGGGCUUGGUGUUCUUGGUGUUCGCUCUGGCUCUCUAAUACCCAAACAUUUCUGAAUAGAGUGACACUAUGGCGUGGUGUAUUGUAGAUCGUGCCUGGGUUAUAAUGUCUACGUAGAUCUUUUCCCUUCUCUCCUAUUAAUACCAUAUGCCAUAUGCACGACCGCGAUCAAUGAAAUAUGGG